CUGACAUUAAGAAAACAGAAUAAACAGAUGCUAUCUAUUCGUUUUGCGGUUUAUUGAUAUAUCAAAACAUUUAUGUAAAAGGGUUAAACGUGAAUUAGGUUUUAUCAAAAUGUCUGUAAUUGCGGUCCGAGGGUUUCCCCUUCCGUUCACUUUAUCUAAUGUAGUAAAGACUCUAGCAAGAAUAAUUAGUGGACACUUUGAAGCCCUGAAUUUUGAACAGGGAAAAUUAAAGGGACAAAAAUUUAAAACAUGUUAUUUGCGUCUCUCGGAGAAGUUGGACCCUGUUCGCGUUGUUGAGAGGAUAAAUAACAGCGGGAAAACUCUAAAGAGCUUUAGACUGUGUUCGUUUGUUCCAAAACGAGUGCCUGAUCUUCCCCUGGCAACAAAACCAAAGAAGCUAACCCAGAAACUUGCUCGUGCGCUGAAAAUACCAGAUAAUGAUUCACCAGAAAGGGUUAUGAAGUUAGCAAGUUCAGAGAUAUUGAUUGAGUUGCAAAUUAAAUAUCCAGGAUUGUACCACUUGAGCAAGAAGAAUGGGCACCAGCUGCUGACUGAGAUAUCUAAGAAAAUAAUGGACCGUCUCAAAGAGAUAGAACAGCAUCACUCCGAGGCGUUGGAGUCAGGGUUCCGCCUGACGCAGUGGUACCGGCGCAUGCACCCGCACUUCGGCGACUUCCAGCUGGUAUUGGGCACGCUGCACGCGCUGGAGGACGCGGCCUGCCAGAUGCGGACACAGCUGCACGAGAAGGAACUGGCUGCUGUGCCGCCGCAACCAUAUGUAUUCGACAACCUACCAUACUCAGAAGUACAGAAAGCUUGUGCCAAGUAUUCAGACAGGAUUAUUAAGAAGAUUACAGAGCACAUAAAGAAUUUAAAGUCAGACGUGUCCGAGAACGACACAGAAGAUGAAUUAGUGAGGAAAAAGGUCAGAGAAGAACUCAAGAAGAUGGCUCCAUUUAUGCCACAGAUUGUAAAUCAAGUGGUGUCAAAACAUUUUAUACCACAGAAGAGUCCUUACUACAGAGUCAGGAUAUACGGCGAGCCGUUCCUGCCGUCGAAGGACACGAUGUCCCCGUUCGUGCGCCGCUACCAGCCGGUCCACAUCACGCGCUCGUCGCGCAUGUACAACGCGCUGCGGCUCAGCGUCCCGCAGGCGCACUACGCGGGACUCAUGGCCAUGGACGGGACCGUGCUCAACGGCGCCAAAUUAGUAAUUCGCUCAUCGGAUAUACCUCUGUUCAACCCCAAAUCUGUCCCACAGGAAGAACAUAUGGACGGAGAAUGGGUUGACUAGUCAACAAAUGUAAACAUAUCGAAUAAAUAUAACAUUUUAGUGAGUUAUAAUCCAAGUAUUUCGUUUGGAAGUCCAAUGAAGAUUGGCAUGUGUAUUGUUUUUACUAAGCGUACGUUUUAGCUUAUAAGGUAUGAAUAAAAAUAAUGAAUUACUAAAA